AUAAAUCCUGUGAUACAAAGGAGCCAAAGUGUUGGUGUGUCUCAUGUAAAUGAACAAGCUCCACAAUGUUCUCCACAAAGUUUGAACCACAUGCAGACAUCACAACCUGUUCAGCGACCUCAACCACAACCUCAAGUGCAGCUAAGGCCAAUUUUACAAACUGGUACUACAGGCUCUAUGGGAAGUCAGUCGGCCCAAAGUUUCCUGUUAGAUAACAUACAAUCCAAAGUAAAAGGAGAUAGUGUAGCUUUACUCAAUGCUCCUCCCAACCAAGUUGCUCCCGUUGUUCAGGGUGUAGUACCUGACAAUCCAACUACUGCAAAAGACUGGCAUCAGUCUGUUACUCAGGACCUUAGGCAUCAUUUGGUGCAGAAAAUUGUCCAGGCAAUCUUUCCUACCACUGAUAUAUCAGCCUUACAAGACAAAAGAAUGAUAAAUCUAGUCGCCUAUGCAAGGAAAGUGGAAGGGGAUAUGUAUGAAGCUGCUAACAGCAGGAAUGAAUACUAUCAGUUGCUUGCCGAAAAAAUUUAUAAAAUACAGAAAGAAUUAGAAGAAAAACGUCAAAAAAGGAAAGAAAUGCAGAUGCAGCAAACACAACAAGGGGGGCCUGGUGUUGGAACUAUGCUUGACAGCAACUCUGGUACAGCAAUCUCUAAACUACCAGUUACUGGUGCAAUAUCUCAGUCUCAUCUACCAAGUUUGAGCAUUCCUACAAAUCAACAGCGGAUGCCUCCUCCUAAUAUAACUGUCCCCACCAAUGCUACGCCAAGAGGUGCAGAAAUGUUCUCCCCACCUGGCUCACAGUUAUCAAGCUCCUUAAAUGCCAAUCUCAAUAUGACGAUGAACCAAAGUCAAUUCAACCAGCCACCUCAAGCUAGGAGAAGUCCCCUGCCACCAAUGAACUUGCCACAACAGCAUUUUAACAAUAUACCUGGACCUGUUACAACUUUAGCUAAUACAUCAGUUGACACUUCCGUUCCUUCCAGUGUUGGUAACAUAUCAGUAUCACAGUUCAACUCGCAAUUACCACAAGGUCAUCAAGUUACCGAUGCUUUUAAAGCCAGACAAAUCACAAUUCCUCAGCAUCAGCAAACUACCAGGAUACUUAAUCAAACAAAUCAAGGGCAGUUGAUUGUGAAUCAAAAUUUAAAUACUCAGAUACAACUAAUUAGCCAACAGCAGCAGCCAAAUCAGCAACAACAAAAUCAGUUACAAGCACCUUCACAACAGCAGCAAUCUUCACAGUCCCAUCUCAAUCAAUUAAUAGGAAAAUCUCAGUCUGGUCUUUCACCUCAAACUUCUCAAUCAGGAUUAAAUAUUCCUCAGUCGUCUACUCCACAACCUCAGUCCCAACAAACACCUGUUCAACAACCUCCAAGAGCAGCUUCCGUUCCUGGGACUCGUCCUCAAACACCUUCUACUCCACAAUCUCAGCAAAAUCAAAUUCAGCCCCCACCACAACUGCAGCAAUUACAAACACAUAGUUCUUUGCAAUCACAGCCCACAGUACUUAAUGUUGAAGAUAGUAAUGAUGAUUUCAAACCAAUAACUCUUUCUCAGGAGGAAACUAUUACAUCUGGGAGUCAGUCUGAUUCUGCUCGAUCAAGUCCACCAAUAUCUUCAGUUUCAGAGCCGGGGGGUAAAGUGUUUGCAUUUGCAUCUCAAAAAUCUGCUGGGGAAAGUAGCUGUAGUGAAAAAAUGGAAGUUGAUAAGGAACCCAAAGCAUCCAAUGCAAGUAGCGGUGGGAGUUCUGAAGUAGUAACUGAAUCGAAACCUAUGAUAAAAUCAAAGGACAUUAAACAAGAACCUGUUGAUGAGGGAACAUAUCCUAGCGGGAAAUCAAUAAAAGAGGAACCGGUCAUUCCAAAAGAAGAACCGUCAACACCACUAUCAACGCCAAGUAUUAAUGAAAAUGCCGAAGCUAAGCCUGAUUCAUCUAGUGAGUCUUCUCAACCACCUCCUAAAUUAAGACCAAAUAAAAAAACUUUUAAACCUGAUGAGUUAAGACAAGCUCUGAUGCCUACUUUGGAAAAACUUUAUAAACAAGAUCCUGAAUCUCUUCCCUUUCGUCAACCAGUUGAUCCUCAGCUUUUGCAGAUACCUGAUUAUUUUGAUAUCAUUAAGAGGCCUAUGGAUCUGUCAACCAUUAAGAGAAAACUAGAUACAGGACAGUAUCAGGAUCCUUGGCAGUAUGUUGAAGAUGUGUGGUUGAUGUUUGACAAUGCUUGGCUAUAUAACAGAAAAACUUCUCGAGUAUAUAGACAUUGCUCAAAGCUUGCUGAAGUUUUUGAACAAGAAAUUGAUCCUGUAAUGGCCUCUCUUGGCUAUUGCUGUGGAAGGAAGUAUGUUUUUCAGCCCCAAGUUUUAUGCUGCUAUGGUAAACAGCUUUGUACAAUCCCCAGAGAUGCUAAGUACUGGAGCUAUCAGAACAGGUAUACAUAUUGCCAAAAAUGCUUUUCUGAAAUUCCUGGUGAUAUUGUUACGCUAGGAGAUGAUCCAACUCAGCCACCAACAAAUAUCAAGAAAGAACAAUUUGUAGAAAUGAAAAAUGAUCAUUUGGAACAAGAGCCAUUUGUGGAGUGCAGCGAUUGCGGGCGUAAGCUCCAUCAAAUAUGUGCUCUUCAUUUUGAAGUGAUUUGGCCGGAAGGAUUUACCUGUGAUAACUGUUUAAAAAGCAAAGGAAAAAAGAAGAAAGAAAAUAAGUUUACAUCAAAACGGCUUCAGCAAUCAAAACUCGGGCAAUACAUUGAAAAUCGUGUGAACGGUUUUUUGAAGAAGAAAGACUGCGGAGCUGGAGAAGUUACAAUUAGAGUUGUGUCAAGCUCAGAAAAGUUUGUCGAGGUUAAACCUGGUAUGAGGGCAAGAUAUGUCGAUACAGGGAAGUGGCCUGAACAGUUUCCUUACAGAGCAAAAGCUCUGUUUGCCUUUGAAGAAAUAGAUGGGGUUGAUACUUGCUUUUUUGGGAUGCAUGUGCAAGAAUAUGGUUCAGAAUGCUCACCUCCAAACACAAGGCGUGUUUACAUAGCUUAUUUGGAUAGUGUGCAUUUCUUUAGGCCUAAACAGUAUCGAACUGCAGUGUAUCAUGAAAUUCUUCUUGGAUACCUUGAUUAUGCUAAACAGUUAGGAUAUACCAUGGCUCACAUUUGGGCUUGUCCACCUAGUGAAGGAGAUGAUUACAUAUUUCAUUGCCAUCCUACAGAGCAAAAGAUUCCUAAACCAAAGCGUUUGCAAGAAUGGUACAAGAAAAUGCUGGACAAGGGUAUAAUGGAUAGGAUUGUAAUGGAUUAUAAGGAUAUUCUGAAACAAGCCACAGAAGAUAAUUUAAAAAGUGCUUCAGAAUUGCCCUAUUUUGAAGGAGACUUUUGGCCAAAUGUUCUUGAGGAGAGUAUCAAAGAGUUGGACCAAGAAGAGGAAGAAAAACGAAAGGCCGAAGCCUCUGCAGCUGCUGCAGCUGAAGCAGCUGCAAGAGCUGCAGCUGCAGCUUCUGAUGGGAAUAAGAAAGGACAGAAGUCUGGUAGAAAUAAAAAGUCAAAUAAAAGCAAAAAUAACCAGCGAAAGAAUAAUAAGAAAUCUGUUCCAUACACUGGAAAUGACUUAUCAGCCAAAAUUUAUUCCACGAUGGAAAAACACAAGGAGGUGUUUUUUGUAAUUCGUCUUCAUUCUGUUCCUGCUGCUGCAAGCUUACCUUCAAUAGUUGAUCCUGAUCCUUUCAUUACAUGUGAUAUGAUGGAUGGCAGAGAUGCCUUCCUAACUUUAGCUAGAGAAAAGCAUUAUGAGUUUUCUUCUCUGAGACGAACUAAAUUUUCAACAAUGGCCAUGCUUUAUGAGUUACAUAACCAAGGUCAAGAUCGAUUUGUGUAUACCUGUAAUAAUUGUAAAAAACAUGUCGAAACCAGAUACCAUUGUACAAUUUGUGAUGAUUUUGACUUGUGUGUUAAUUGUUUUGAUAAAGAAGGUCAUAACCAUAAAAUGGAGAAACUAGGCUUCGGCUUAGAUGAUGACUCUGGUACAUCUGAUCCAAAACAAACCAAUCCUCAAGAAUCAAGGAGACUAUCUAUUCAACGCUGCAUUCAAUCACUGGUACAUGCUUGUCAGUGCAGAGAUGCUAAUUGCAGGUUACCAAGCUGUCAGAAAAUGAAACGAGUAGUUCAGCAUGCAAAGAGCUGUAAACGUAAAACAAAUGGUGGUUGCCCCAUUUGCAAACAACUUAUUGCCUUGUGUUGUUAUCAUGCAAAGCAUUGUCAGGAAGCUAAGUGUCCUGUGCCAUUCUGCUUGAAUAUCAAACAUAAGUUGCGGCAACAGCAAUUACAGCAAAGGUUGCAGCAAGCACAAAUAUUGAAACGUCGUAUAGCUACAAUGCAAAAUAGAGGAAUGUCCGCUGCUGUCCCCCAAACAAGUCCAGGAAAUUCUAAUUCUUCCAGUCAGCCAUCCCCUGGUGCACAGCCUCAUACUUCACCUCAUCCUCCUCAGCCUGGUAUAGGCAUGAAACCUUCCACUGGACCUCCAGUUGGUGCAUUGCAGGCAGUUCAACAAGUACAAGCUGCUGCUGCUAGGCAAACAGCACCUCAUAUGGUUGCUGCUACAUCUGUUAACUAUGGAAAAGGUAAUCCAGUGGUAAGCCCACCAACAGCAAAUCCAACAAUAAUGGCAACUCAACAGCAAAUGCAAGCACAGAUACAAAAACCCAUGUCUCAAAUAAUGUCCAAUGUCCCGAAUCGUAUGAUUGGUAUGGGAAAUGUAGCUUGUUGGGAAGGGACAAACUAUGGACAAUCUCCGCAGCACCAUCAAAAUCCUCAGCCCCAGCCAUCACAACCUAUGGGGCUGAGGCCACCUUCACAAUUAAUAGGACCUGGUAAUAUGCAAAAUGCCAUUGGGAAUUCUUCAAUGGGACCCCCUCAGGCAAUGCCUAAUCAGCAUGGUAGACCGCCAGCACUACAGCAAUUACUUAAUACCUUAAAAGCUCCCUCAUCUCAAUCUCAGCAACAACAAGUACUCGCUAUUUUAAAAUCGAAUCCACAACUAAUGGCUGCUUUUAUUAAGCAAAGGACUCAACAGCAACAACAACAACAACAAGCACAGCAGCAGCAGCAACAACAAAUGCUUCUAAAUGAUACUAAUAUGGUUGGACCUCCUCCACAAAGUGUAUGGUAUAAACAACAGCAGCAACAGCAACAUUUGCUAGCCAUGCAGCAACAAAGGCAGCAGCAGCCAAAUCAAUUUCCACAUCCUCAACCACCUAUGUAUGCUCAACGUCCACGUAUGUCAAUACCCAUGAGUUUUAGCCAUCAGCAAGUGUUUCAAGGUGAUAAUACUCAAUUUCAGUUCCAACAACAACAGCAACAAAUCUUAAUGCAACCACAAAUUAAACAAAUGGCAUCUCCUACUCAUCCACCUGUUAGUCCUCAACAAGGAAUCCUUGGACAUCCUCAGGGACCAGUUCCAUCACCUUCACAGCAGCAGUUAAUGCAGCAAGUUAGAUCCCCUCCUCCUACUGCUACGCAUUUAGCACAAGCAGUUCGUUCCCCUCAACCAAUAGCAUCUCCAAGAACUCAAAAUAAUGCCCCACAAAACCAGCCUAUACCUUCACCUAGGCAACAACCGGCGCCUUCACCUCAUUAUCCUGCACAGACUCAGUCACCACAUCCAAGCCUUUCAGUGGGGGCUUCUGGACUAGCGGGCCCUGAUCAAAUGACUAGUAAUAAUGAUAUGAUGCUUACUCAUCUCACAAACCCAGUGUCUUCACAUCCUAGCAUAGCAAGUCAGUUGCAAAGCCCAGUAAGCCAAGAACUAGGAUUGUCAUCCAGGGACAAUAUAGACCUGGCUCAUUUGACAAGGGAAGAGCAGCUUGAUAAAUAUGUUGAAAAUUUAUAACCAAUAGAUAAUCUUUUUCAUAGUUUUCUGCUUUGAACAAAGGGAAUAAUAAUAUCUCAAGAUCUUAUUAAUACUUUUGUAUUCAAACUCCUGGUAUUUCAGAACAUGUGCAAAAACAUGUAGAGGAGUUUAAUUGUUUUUCCUCUUUUUAACUUGAGACAUUGUAUAUUAAAUUUUGUACAGUCAAAAAUGUUUCUUUAUGCAGUUCAGAAUGACUGCAAGUCUUGUUAUAUGAGUGGACAUUCAGUAGCUGGCCUGUUUCUACUGGAUACUCUUUGAAUGAAUGUUCGUCAUGAUCUCUCCGAAAGAAUUUCAUUUAUUAAGUAUUGAAAUUUUUUUUUGUUUAUUUUGUACAGUCAUUUGUGCUAAAGUAAGUUAUAACACGCACAUCAUAUCAUUUAUUAUUGAGAACAUACCUCUUACA